AAAAUUUCUUCAUUUGUUCUUCGUAAAAUCCAUGAGGUAUAUGUCCAAUAUAUACAACUCCACGUUCGUUUUUAUCAUCGCCAUCACUAUUAUUAUUUUUUAAAUUUUUUUUACCAACUGGUUUUUUCAAAAUGGCCGCAGAAAUACCGGUAAUAGUUCAAUAUGUUAUAGUAAGAGGUGAUUUAUUAAAAACAAUGGGCUGGCCAGUUGGUGCAGUAAUUGCACAAGCAUGUCAUGCGUGUACUGCUGUAACCCAUUUGUUUUACAACGAUCAACAUACUCAGAAAUAUUUAUCUGAUUUGGAUAACAUGCAUAAAAUUGUUCUUGAAGCGCCAGAUGAAAAAAAAUUAAAUGACUUGCAUUUAAAAUUAGAAGAAUCUAAAAUCGACCAUAAAUUAUGGAUUGAACAACCAGAAAAUAUUCCAACUUGUUUAGUUUGUAAGCCAUAUCCAAAAGAUGACGUUGCUAAAUUUUUAAAAAAAUUCAAAUUGUUCAAAUAAAUUCAAAACUUGUAUUUUAUAAAUCAAAAAAAAAAAUUUACAAAAUUAAUAAAAAACGACAACAGUUAAAAUAAAU